GUGCCUUUUUUGUUUUCCUUUCCAAGGGGUAAGCAAUGGAGAUGUCACACUGGUGAAACUUGUGGAAAUGCUUGGACCGUACCUCACCAGCAAAGAAAAUAACAUCCGCGGGAGAGGUACUCUACUGUUAGCGGAGAUUCUCCAUAGAUUGCCAAGGAACAAGCUGUCAGCGGAGGAGGCUGGAUUACUAACGGCAUUCUUCUGUGACAGAUUGAAAGACCACCAUUCCAUCACAACCCACACUAUUUAUGGCAUGCAAUCAUUGAGCAUCUGCAGUUCCUUACCUACGGGGGAUGCAGCCAAGAUAUGCCUCAAUCUGUUCAAGGAGGUCCGUGUGCAGAGCCUGGUGCAGGCAGACAGGCAGUCGGUCUUCUCCAUCAUCAGCAACUUCCUGUACUCAAAACUCGAUGAGCUGCGUGAGUUAGGGUCAGAGUUCGUCUACGGGUUCAUCCAGGUCAUGGACGGAGAGAAGGAUCCACGAAACCUGGUCAUGGCCUUCCAGAUUGUCAGGACAUUGAUCGACCAUUUUCCAAUUGAUAUUUUUGCUGAGGAGUUGUUUGAGGUGACCUCUUGCUACUUUCCCAUUGACUUCAAGCCUCCAACCAAUGACCCCCACGGAAUCACCACGGAGCUACUGGUGGGAGGCCUAAGGGGCUGCCUGGCUGCCACACCCAAAUUUGCAGAGUUCUGUCUGCCGUUGUUGAUGGAGAAGCUCUCCUCCCAGUUACAGGGAGCCAAGAUUGAUGCCUUUGAGACCCUGGCAGCGUGUGCUUCGGUAUACGGUGCCAAACAUCUCAAAGACUACCUGGAGGCCGUCUGGUCUUACUGUAGGAAGGAGGUAUUUCAGUCCUUGAGCCAGGAGGGUGAACAGGCUGCCUUGGGAUGCCUGUGUUGUGUAGUCAAGGCAGUGUCUGAUGACAGAAAAGAAGAGGGGGCCAUGUUCUCUCUGGACUGCUUCCUGGAUGACAUCCUCAAGGAAUCGCGGAAGCACAUCAAUGAGCCUGAUAUGAGAUUCAUCCAUCCCAGCUGUCGUCUGCUGCAAGCUGUGGCCAGCUCGUCCGAGGCUGUCUGUAGCAAGAUCCUAGCGUACACUCUGCCCUUGUUACUUGACCAAUUUAACAAACAUCCUCAGGCAAAGCAGAGGCAGAGUAUUAUCUCCAUUCUCCAGGCAUUUAUCCGGGUUUCCUUGGCCUUUCCCUACACUGACUUCCCUAAUCCUGUCUCCCUCCACAAGGAUGCAAUCCUCUCCAUUCUCAUAUCCAUGCUGUCGGAAACAAACACUUCUCUUAAAUCGGUGUCAGCGGCGGGAUUGGGCCUCUUGGCAGAGACCAAGGGGCUCCUCAAGGAUGAUGAUGUUGUCCUGGUAGCGGAACAUAUGACCAAAACUUUCCUGUCAGAGGGUGACAGUCAUUUAAGGCAAGAGAGUGUCAAUGCUUUGAUUCACAUAGCCACCCAUCACCCAUCAGUCACCGAAGGCAAAGUUCUACCAGCAUUACUGGAGCAGUUGAACACAGAACCAAUGGAAGUGGAUGCAGAGGGGGACAGACAAGCAGUGUCACAUGUAUCCCAUCAUUCCAUUCUAAACAGCAUGGCCGCCCUAGCAACACAACCAGCGUUAGUGGAAUGCAUAGUGGACAGGUUUAUGGUUCACCUUCAAUCUCUUAGUAAUAGUGAUACCUCAUCAAAAGCAGAAGAGUGUGUUUCAACGCUCCAAAGCAUCCUGACCGUCGUGACAAAAAGCAGGACAGACCCUACAAACCUCAGCUUCUUCUACCAGAAGCUCUUGCCCCAGAUCCUCCGCAUGUCCGUCAUGGCUGCCUUGGAUACAAGGUCAGAGGUCGGUAACAGCCGGUUGCUAUGCAGGGAGGAGGUCAUUGUGCUACUAGCAGCCAUUGUGAGGAAUGUAGUGCAGUGUCUUGAUUUGAGUUUAGCCUCAGAACUUUGUCAACAGUACAUUGAGGUGUUUCACCGGCACAACCUCAGCAGCAUUAUGUCUUCUGAAAUUUUAAAUGAUGAUACAGUAUUCAAGCCUUUAGAGAUUGACUCCCCAUGGCCACAGACCCAGCUGGUCGUUUUACUGACCGCCUGCGUCUGCUCCGUCCGGAGAGGAGUGACCGUCCCUGACCAGUGGCAGUUAUUGACCAGUCUCCUGGCAAUGGCCACAAGCAGCGACCACGAGCUGACUAGUACGACAGCGGCAAAAUGCCUGGCGGGUCUUCUUAACAAAUUCCACGCAGGACCAGAGCUGGAUCAACAUAUCCAACCUAUUAAGGAGCACUUGUUAACCAGACUUCAACCGAGCAACAGUGAGGAGACGACAAGACAGAGAGCACUGACCUGCUGGAUAUGGCUGACCAAAUCCCUACUGCUCAGGUCCCACCCCUCCUGUAACCAACUCGCAUCACACCUCCUGGCUUUGUUCGAGGACGACACGCUGGGUACCCAAGCCGCCGAGGGACUGCACCUCAUCCUGAGCGACAGCAACGACGUCCUGAGUCCAUCCUCGCAUGCUGACGUCAAGUUGAUGUACCGCCAGCGAUUGUUUCUCCAGCUCCUAUCCGGAAUCAUCGAUGGAUAUGGUAACACAACAUCAGGAAACAAGAAGAACUACCUCCUAGGUCUCUCCCACCUCCUCCACUUUGUUCCCCGCCAGGUCCUUCUGAGCGAACUGCCCCCUCUCAUGCCCCUCCUCAUCCAGUCCCUCCACCAGGAGGACAGUGCCCUCUAUCAGUCAGUCCUGGAGAGGUUGGCGCUGUUAACACACGACGCACCGGGCAUCAUCGCACAGUACGUGGAUUCAUUGUUGCCGGAGCUGCUGAGGCUGUCAGGCUACGAAGCUUCUAUGAGAGUAAGAAUGGUUGCCUUGAAGUGCAUCUGUGAACUGACAACCCUUGAGCAUCAUAUACUUUUCCCACAUAAAAUGAAGGUGUCCAGAAGUCUUUUACCUAGACUCGAUGACAAGAAAAGAACUGUGAGAAAAGAGGCAGUCAAAGCCAGGAAUUCAUGGAUGAUGCUCGGUUCUCCCGCAAAGUGAUUUGUUCCAUUGACCACACUUUUUGGACCUUCGGCAAUCUUUCAUCAGCAACCAAAUUACUUGAACUUAUUUUCCACAUGAGCGCUGAUCAUGUUUUGCCAAUCCCUGGUUAGGCUGUACCUCAGUUUCAGUGAUUCUUCUUCUUCUUGUCGUAUCUUCAAAGCAUCAAAUUGUUGUUUUCCAUUUCUCCACGCAAUGUUUUGUGUUAAUGGUGUAGAUCGCGAGGUCUCUGGAGAUGCGUGGGUGGGGUAGUAGUGGGCAUUUGAGGCAGUGAUCCAUGGUGUGGUCUGCUUCUCUGCGCUCACAGAUGAUAGGGCCGGUCUUGUAACCCCAUCGGGCUAAAGUGAUAAUUUGGUGAUGUUGGUGAUCCAAAUAUACAGUGGAUGAUGUAACAGUAUUAUUAGGAAUGUGUUGAAUACAUCAAAUAUUUGAUCAUUCACCGAAUAACACUUUUUUGAUUCAAAUAUUUGAAAAACCUGAGCAGUCUCAAGGAGAUAAUGAAAAACUCCAAAAUGUUUUUGUUUGAAGCUUGUUAGUUGCAUGGUUGUAUUGUUUGUCAAAUGCCACACUUUUGUUGAAACCACUUUACACCCAUGAUGUGAGAGCUUCCUUAAAGGGGCACUAGGUCCUGAAAUCCCUGAAAAUUUCAUGUUUUGGAUUGUUUACUUAUCCAAUUUCAAACAUCUGGUUGAAAGGAAACCAACCUAAUGUCUUACCAUUCCCGAGAAAAGAAAAAACCCCAGUUGUUUACAUCGGUACGGAGUACACGAUGGAGUACGAAUCCGUUUUUCCUGUCGAUCUCAGUCAAUGUACAAUAUACACGUUGUGUGCGUUUAUUACAACAUGUACACAGCACCGUGCUCGCAAACAGCGGUGACCAAUCACCAAUGCACAAAAUGUGGUUUCUUAC